AUGUCAAAUUUACAGGAUUUAAUAAACCAUGAUGAUGAUGAAUACCUACCAUCCCCAUCUCCACCACAACAACCAGAACCACAACAUGCAAGCUCACUGGAAUUGAAAACUUCUACUACAGAAGAUUUACCUGAUUCAGUAACUCAAGAACAUAUAUUGACAAGUUUUGAAAAAAUAAAAACCCAUUUCCCGGCUGCAAGAAUUAAGAAAAUUAUGCAAAGUGAUGAAGAAAUAGGUAAAGUUGCUCAAGCUACACCAGUUAUAGUUGGAAGAGCAUUAGAAAUAUUUAUGGCUAAUUUGGUUGAAGUGUCAUUAUUAGAAGCUAAAAAACAAGGCGUCAAAAGAAUUACUGCUUCACAUGUUAAAUCGGCAAUUGAAAACACUGAACAAUUUGAUUUCUUAGUGGAAGCGGUUGAAAAGUAUCCAUCUUUGAGAAAUUGA